AUGGUCACCCGACCGACAGAUGAGAGUGCACUGUACUCAAAGGUGGUAUACGUGGGUACUUCGCUUAUUGUAUUGGUCAUUUCCGUGUAUACGACUUUGUAUAGAUCUGUAGAGGAGUUAGAAUCUGCGGUAGUUUCCACGUCUGCGCCUUUAGACUUUCAAAUACUUGACGAAUUAAUUCAAGCCAAUUCAGCAAGUCACUUACGAUGGGGUACAUAUCGUCCGGGUCUAUAUUUGGGUAUACGAUCUCGUACGACGCCUAAUUUUGUGUCGGCUGGUCUUUUAUGGGGUUCACAAUUAGAAGAUGUAUCACAACUUCGACACCAAUGUCGUCAAGAAGACCAUUUACAACAGUAUGGCUGGUUGCAACACGAUGGAAAUAAUUUUGGAUUUCAAAAAAUAGCGGAUCAGUUUAAUCGACUGGAUUUGAAUACAAGUUACGUUCGAGUUCAAACAGAAGAAAUUGAAGGAUGGGUUGUUCGAGUGCAUACUGCUCCUUUGAUACCAAAGGACGAGCGAUUGAGUCGUCGAAAGAUCGAAAGGAAUAAGGCGUCGCUUUUUUUCUACAUAGAUCUGAGUUGUGAAGAUGAAAGUUUAGACCUGCAGUGUCGACAAAACCUUCAAAAUUUGAUGGAGAUUGUCAUUGAACCCAUGAUUUUGCAGCUGAAAGGGAAAGAGGAGGAGUGUCUGCAGAUGUUGCUGCAGAGUGAAGGCUAUGAAAAUAAAAAGUUGGAGCAAGACAUGGCACCACUCACUUUUCGCAUGCAAGUGCAGUUAAAGACACGCUCGAAUGUGCAUGGUGUAGAGCUACAUUAUGCUGGAUUUAAAGACACGAAUGUCAUCAAUGUUAAGGAUCGACUCGUGUCGUUGGCUCGGCAUCCUGGGGGUGAGGGUAGUACAGACUUGAAUUCAGACAAAGAAAUUUUACUUGAAAAUUUCAUUGAAGAGGGAAGCACUAUGAUUGUUGUACAAGCGAUUAUGGAUAUUGAUUAUGAAACGUUCCAGGAAGGCGACGUGACACUGGAUGUGUUGUUUAAUGAAGCCGUGUCAUCCAGUGCAGCUGAUAUUGAAAUUGGACCUAUUGAUUCAUUUAUUACUGAAAAGCUGGCUGAAUCUUCACAGCAGUUUGACAGCAAGUUUGAAGAUGCUUUCCAUUUAUCGACGAAAACAUGGCCAGAUGUUGAUGGAGUCGAAGUUCCAUUCAAUCAAAGCCUUGUAGACUUUGCCAAAGCGUCUUUUAGUAACUUGAUCGGAGGCACAGGCUACUUCUACGGUAGCUCGCUGGUGCAACAUGAUGAAAAGAAAUCUGAAAUUAUUGAAACACCAAUGAAGGCACUGUUUACAGCGGUCCCAUCGCGGUCAUUUUUUCCUCGUGGCUUUGUGUGGGAUGAAGGCUUUCAUCAAAUUGGUGUUUCUGCUUUUAACAAUGACAUUGCUCAAGAUAUCAUUGCUCACUGGUUUGGGCUGAUGGAAACAGAUGGCUACAUUGCCCGUGAGCAGAUCUUGGGUCAAGAUGCGCGUCGUCGAGUACCUUCCGAGUUUCUAGUUCAACAUGUAGAACACGCAAAUCCUCCAACUUUGCUGCUUGCAUUGGAAAAAAUGUUGCAUUGGUAUGAUUCUACAAAAUCAAUUACAGAACUGAAAGAGUUUGUGCGCGCAAUUUAUCCAUUUCUUAAGCGUUGGUAUGAUUGGUUUUUAAAGACACAAGUUGGUCCACAAGAUGCAAGUUUUCGCUGGCGUGGCCGUCGUGUAAGUGAUGGUAAGCUGAUCUCCAACACACUAUCAUCAGGAUUGGACGAUUAUCCGCGUGCAUCGUUUUCAAGCGACAGAGAGAUGCAUGUGGACUUGUUAUCGUGGAUGAUUCGCUCGAGUGAUGUCAUGGCAAAGCUUGCGAACUAUAUCAGUGAAGAAAGUGAUUCUCAGCUGUUCAUAAAAAAUAGUGCUCACUUUUUCACUGGACUUGAUCAGCAUCAUUGGAACGAGACUGCUCAGUCGUAUUUCGACGUUGGAGAGCACAGUGAAGAUGGUUUAAUUGAGUACCAGGUUGCUAUACGUUGUCGCAAUGAUCGGGGUCAAGUGAUCGAUGCUACAGCUCCAUUUCAGCAAAUCGAGACUAAAGAUGUUGAAUGUCCAAGUAGUCACCCUUUCUUUCUAUUUCCACUGGGUGACGGACGCGGUGGCUUGCAAAUGCUACCUGUGUUUGUUCCAGGCACAACGAAGCUGCAACACGUUAAACACGUUGGUUAUGUUAGUGUCUUUCCUCUUUUGUUAAAAGUUCUUCCGCCGGAUUCACCAAAAUUACUUGUAUUGCUGAAUCAAAUGACGGAUCCGACACAUUUGUGGUCACCGUUUGGAUUGCGGUCAUUGUCGACAAAAAAUCAAUUUUACGAGCAAGAGAACGCUCCCGGUGACAAUCCGUAUUGGCGUGGAGCUAUUUGGAUGAAUAUCAAUUACUUGGCUUUAGAUGCACUGCAUUAUUAUGCCCAGCCGAGUACGGGGAGUCCGUUUCAAGCUCAGUUUGCAUCAGCGUAUACUGCACUUCGAGCAAACGUGAUUGCCAAUGUAUACCGUGAGUACGAGCGUACUGGAUUCUUGUGGGAGCAGUAUAAUGGUGAUAUUAAUGCUGGACAUCGAUACGGUCAGGGACAGCGGUGUCAUCCCUUUUCGGGCUGGACAGCACUCGUGGUGAACAUAAUGGCAGAACUUUACUAA